AUGGGCUGCCUGACAGGUCCAUGGUGGGAAGCAUCAACUGGCUUGUUGUGUGGGCAUGGGUGCAGAAUACAAAGACGGGUGCACUUCAUAUUGAUACUUCUAUUCCUGUUGUGCUGGGUUGGUUGCAUCAUCGCGGGCACUGCCAUGCGAGGUGAGGCAAGUGCUGCCGCUCAAAAGCGCACAUGUUCGGUCUCAUCCUGCUUUUCUUGCUCCGGGUUGCCAGCUUCCUGCUCGGGCUCACAAGAAUCAGCUUGCCGACGACGCUCCCAGACUUACAGAGUGCAGUGCUCAGAUUGCGCGACACGUUUGUCACGUGAAUGCUCAGAAUUUGUGACCGGUUAUUCAAGCGUGACACUCAAUGGUGCUCCACCAGCUGUCGGCGAAGAUGUAGACUGCUUUGAAGCCGACGACGGCUUGUCAUGUGCAGAUCCAGGAAGUGGUUCCUUCCCGGCUAUAUUCCAAUAUGCUUUUGGCUUCGUUGGGGGAGUGCCAAUUGGCUUCCUCUUCUUAUGGCUUGCUGCUUUCUUUGGAAGCAUGUUUGUCAAAACCAUGCAUGCUGCGCCAGCACCUCCGCCCGCUCAAGGUCAAGUCAUUGGUGGCGCACCUGUUCCUGGGUUUAGGGUUUAG